AUGUCGUCCACAUCAGAUCACAGCACUUUCAAAAACAGUUCCGAGGAUAGAGAAUCUACUAAAGUUUCACGGGUUCAGAUUUGUGGCGAUGGUGGAGAGUUUGUGAUUAUUGGGAACAAUAAGUACUACCGCCAUGAAUUAAUGUCAAUAUUCAGUGACAUCUCCAACCCAGCACCAACUAUCGGAAGAUACCCCACGAGAAACAUUACUCCUGCUCCUAUCGGCUUAUGUGGAUUUGGCAUGACAGCUUUUACACUGGGAAUAUAUACUUCACAAGCAAUGGGAAUCCAGAUUCCAAAUGUUGUUAUAGGAUCGGCCUGUUUCUUUGGUGGAAUGACUCAAUUCCUUUGUGGUUAUUUUGAAUUCUUCACUGGUGAUACAUUUGGUUUUACUGCCUUGACUUCCUAUGGUGCUUUCUGGAUCAGCUAUGGUGCUAUUUUCAUUGAAGGAUUUGGUAUUGAGGCUGCUUAUGCCGAGAGUGAUCAAUUUGCCAAUGCACUUGGUCUUGUAAUGAUUGCUUGGGCAAUGUUCACUUUCAUGAUGGUGAUUCCAACAUUGAAAUCAACCUUACCCAAUUUUUUGUUGUUCUUUUUCUUAUUCUUGACCUAUACGUUUCUCGGAGCUGGUGCAUUGAGUGGAAAGGUUGGUGUGACACGGGCUGGUGGUGUGAUUGCAAUGCUUACCGCUAUUACUGCAUGGUAUAACGCUUAUGAAGCUGUUGCAAACAGAUCCACUUCGUAUUUUGUUCCCCCUUCUUUGCCGUUGCCAAAGUUGGCUAAAAAAGAAUGA